AAUGAGUUUAUUAAAAGAAAUACAAUUGGCUCAUAAACUUAAUUACAAAAAUGCCUGGGUUUCACUUCAGGGUAUCCUCACAUAUUAAACUUACAUUCUGCAAUUAACUGGAAUACUUUCAAAGCGGCGUUAAACCCAACUGACUCUAAAUGAAGUGAACAGGUACUUUAAUAUGGCUUUUUAUAACAUUAUUAUGACAUUGUUCAUUGAAAUGCUAAAUUUCAAAUGAUUUGUAAUUUUACACAUACAUAAGUUUAUAUAUAUUAAAUUUACAACUUAAAGUGUUAUCUAAUUUUGGAUCAGGCGCAAAUGCUUGCGAAGACGGAUACUACGGUGAUCAUUGCAAAUUUAGAUGUGGUGAAGGGUGUUUGUACAGUAGAUGCCGGUUGCAUCCUACAAAAGGUACAGGCAUAUGUACUGAUGGCUGCAGGAAAGGAACAUGGGGAUCUACAUGCAUGAUCAGGUGUUCAGAAGGAUGUGUCCAUGAUGACUGCCUCUCUACAAGUGGAACAUGUACGUGCAAAGACGGAUAUUGGGAUGAACGGUGUGACAAGAAGUGUUCCGUCAGAUGUGUUAAAUGCGAUAGAAAUUCUGGAGAGUGUACACAAUGUAUCGAAGGUUUCUUUGGGUCAAAAUGUGAAGAUUGCAGCUACUGCAGGAGUUCGUGUGACACUGGUGGAUGUGUUGACGGCUGUUUGACUGGCUACUACGGAAGGUUCUGUCAUGUUCCGUGCAAUCGUCACUGCAGACUGACUGAUCAGAACAGGUGUUUCAUUCAAAGAAACAGCUUCGAUGAAUACAUGUCCGAGAACUGUACGUCUCAGUGUGAUCAGGAAAGAGGUAAUUGUCGUCAUGGAUGCGAUGUAGGGUAUUUCGGCUUGUCAUGUGGUCUUCAAUGCAAUGAAAACUGUUUGGCGAGUUCUUGUGGACAUUUGGGGCAAUGUCUUCAUGGAUGUAAAGUUGGAUAUUUCGGCACAUUGUGUGAACUGAAGUGCAGCAGUUUCUGCAAGAACCGUCACUGUCAUAGAGUCAACGGCGACUGCUUCGACGGCUGUGAGCCUGGAGUCUUUGGAUCACAUUGCAAUACCAACUGUACCAACUGUGUAAACAACCAAUGCCAUCAAGGAACAGGUGAAUGCAAUGAAUGUGAAGCUGGAUACUAUGGUUGGAGAUGCAAUAAGAAAUGUAGAAUGCAGUGUACAGGGAGGCCCUGUCACAGAUAUGAGGGCACAUGUCUCUUCCAGACACCCAGCCAUGAAACAACCACAAGUAGCCAAGAUGAGAUUACAACCAAGAUACCUCUAACAACAACCCCCCAUCAAGAUCAAGUACCUUUGAUGGUUGUUGUCAUUCCAUCUGUGUCAUUUGUAACUGUUGUCACUGUAAUGACAGUUUUCAUUUUCAUCUGUAAAAGGAUAUCGAUCAAAGAACUUCAUCAGUCACCAUUGAGCAGGCGACCACAGUACCCAAUUCCACUUCCUCCAGAUGCUACCCACCAAUACGAAGUCAUAAGCGAGUAUGACACCAUAUGUCCUUCACAACCAGGCCUAUGCAGACCAGUUGAAUAUGAAGAAAUCAAUGCAACCAUACAUGGAAAAGCUUUGGACGAUGAAAUUUCUUCAACAAAUCGCUAUCCCUGUCAGAACACAGAUAAAGCUGAUGUGAACAAGUCACUAUCUUCAACUGAAAUGUUUCAUACUACUGAAAGUCUUUCUUUGCCUAAUCUUUCUAAUAAAUUUGGUUACAUACCCAUGACAUCUACAAAAACAUAUCUUACCAUCGCCAGUGAUCGUAGGAAUAGCAGUCCUUAGCAAUCACAAAUUAUGAACUUUGGGAUGACAGCAUCAUACCUGCAUUCAUGAGUUUUACCAAAGUGAUAGAGUGGAGACUCUAGCUAUUCCUUAUCAAGCGUCCUGUUUACAUAUCUCCUAUGUGAGUGCAUUAUGUUUAACACAGUUCUAAACUGUAUCUCAUGUUAUAUCAUAGCAGCUUAAUGUGGGCAGAAAGAUGUAUGUGAUGCAGAUCCUAGAUGUGCACCACUUGGGUGAAGCCCCAAAAUGAUAUGUGCUGAUAAAUUAAGAUUUAUGAUCUGGACAAAUCUGGAAUUUGAACCCACAAACAUAGUUCUGGUAUACCUUAGGAAUAUAACUCAGCAAAACAAUGAUUUGAGGCACGUUAGUCGACUGCCACCUGAGGGAAUCGAACCUUGGGCUUCGGCCUGGCGUUUUUACGUGUUUUUCAUGUGUAUUAGUAGAUAUAUAAUUAUAUAUUCAUUAAUAUGGACAAACUAUUAUUUUGCUAUUAAACAAGUAAAUUUGCAAGUUGUACAGUUUAAUAUUGCUUUGUAUAUAAAUGUUCCUAUAAACAUAUUACAAGGAAGUACAUUCAAGUAUGCCUGUAUAUGCAUCUUAUAUCCCAGAGAGAGUUUACGUUUCUAUUCAUAUACGUACAGAUUAAUGACCAUGUAUAUGUACUGUUCAUAAGUUGCUGAUAUUUGUCCUUUUACAUAAAUUGUUGUACAUUUCAUAAUUUGUUUCACCUUGACCAAUGCAGUGUAUUGUUAUUGUAUAUGAAUACAUUUUAUCUGAAUCCUCAUGUAAAUACAUGGACAUGUCUUUUUACCAAUCCAGUCACUAAUUUCUGAAACAAGAUAUGUUUACCCACAUAUACAUACAUCAAACAUGAUCGAGCUUUAUAGAGAGAACACCUAGACCAUCAACCACUUUAACAUAUAGUAUGGAAAGAUAGUUAGAGGCCACCCUUACAGUGCCGUAGCCAGCCGGGGGGACAGUUGCACUCCCUUGAUUUUUUUUUUAUAGAAAACAGUUUUAUUUGAAUCACGAAAAUACAAGUUGGGGACAAGUGAUACUUGUACAAAUAUUUGCCCCCCACCCUGUCAAAAAAAGUUAACUACGGCCUUGCCUUAGGUGUCAAAGCUUUUGAUUUAUGAACUCCAGUGACUCCUGGUAAUUUGCUUCUUUACAUGUUACUCAUAAACACGCAAUAAACAUUGUAUUAUAUCAAAUAAUAGUGUUCAAUUGUUUUUUGGAUCAGAAACAAACCUUAUAUUCAAAAUAAACUUAGGUCACCUCAAUUGUAUCAGGAGAGAAAAUGCAUUUAAAUAUUGUAAACAAUACAGCAGGAAAGAGGGUGAGUGAGUGAGUUGGGUUUAACGCCGCUUUUAACAGUAUUCCAGUUAUAU